AUGGAAAGGAAUUAUACUUUUACUGGAGAUUUUAAUCCUGAGGCAGUAGCAGGAGUUCUUAGUAUUGAGAUGAUACUAGCUCUCAUAGCUAAUGGUGUUGUACUAGUCAUUACUAUUUAUCAAAGGAAGUCCUGGAAACAAUCAUCAACAAUAUUCUUUACUUCUCUCAUUCUGGCACACCUUGUAUUGACACUCUAUCUUCCUUUCUCCAUUGCUGCAUUAGCUGCUGGUGAGUGGAUCAUUGGUAGUACUGAUGAGGAGAAGAAAGGAACUUGUGAUUUUAAUGGUUUUGUAAUACUAUUUAGUGCUUAUGUCAUGUUUAUGACACUGAGUCUCAUAUCAAUCGAUUGCUUCCUUUUUAUUAUAAAACCUCAUCUCCACAAGGGGUUCAUGAGUCCAAGGGUAGCUCUGGUCCUUGUCAUUAUUGUGUGGAUAGUCAAUGCUGUCUUUUUCUCUUCAGGAUUCAUCAAUGGAUCUGGUAUG